UCCAGGCUGGUGAUUGGCGGACUCCGGAGGUCACGGGGUGCUGAGGGCUGUGAGACAGGGGAGAGAGCUGCGGUCCCAGCGCCGCCAGACACACUCAGCUCCUGCCAUGGGUAAAGUACAGCAGUUCGACAUCAGCCUGAGGGACAGUCGGGUGAUUUACAGCCCCGGGGAGCCCCUCGCUGGUACCGUCACCGUCCGCUCCGCCGCCCCCCUCUCUUAUAAAGCCAUCAAGGUGAGCUGCGUGGGCUCCUGUGGGGUCUCGAACAAGGUGAACGACACGUCGUGGAAUGUGGAGGAGCAAUACUUCAACAGCACCUUCUCCUUGGCGGAUAAAGGAACUCUGCCGCCAGGUGAACAUACCUUCCCGUUCCAGUUUUUACUCCCAGUGUCAUCACCCACGUCGUUCGAAGGUCCCUUUGGGAAGGUGAUGCAUCAGGUUCGAGCCGUGAUAGAGACCAAGCGACUCUCCAAAGAUUAUAAGAGCACGAAAGCUUUCUAUAUCCUGCGGCCGCUGGACCUGAACGAGAUUCCGGAAAUAGAGCAACAGAACUGUUCAUCGGCUGUUAAGAAAUUCAAUUACCUGCUGGUGAAGUCCGGGCAGGUUCUGCUGACCGGCAGCUCUGAUCUCAGGGGUUACGUGGUGGGACAGGCCAUUCAGAUCCACACGGAACUGGAGAACAAGUCGGGCCGGGACACCAGCUCCAUCGUGGCCUCUCUCAUCCAGAAAAUCACCUACAAAUCGAAGCGGGUGGUGUAUGAUCUCCGGACCAUCGCGGAGGUGGAGGGGGCCCCGGUGAAGGCCUGGAAACGAGCGGUGUGGGACGAGCAGGUCCUGGUGCCGGCGCUUCCCCAGUCCAUUCUGCAGGGGUGCAACCUGAUCCACAUCGACUAUUACAUUCAGGUUUCGGUGAAGAAUCCCGAGAUGUCGGUCACAUUACCGAUUUAUAUUGGGAAUAUUCCAGUAAACCAGAUGCGCCUCAGCCUUUCCGCCUCACAGCCGACUCCCCCUACUGUAGUACCUUCAGCUCCCCCAGAGGACAGUGAUGCAUCUGGCACCUCUCAUCCCAUGGACAGUGUCUCUAUCCCCACCAAGUGCCACUCCCAGCAGCAGCAGCAGCCGCACAUCCCCUUUUGCUACUCCCCGGAGCUUCACUUCCCCGGUGCUGAUGAUGAAGGACAGUCAGUUGGAUCCCUGUCCCAUCCCGCCCUCUGUUUAUCCACCGGAGCUACAGUCCCGUACUUUUCCGAUGGUGCAGUAGUACCGGUACCAACUGCCAGCACAUUAAUCCUGCCACCUGAAUACAGCACCUGGGGUUAUCCCUAUGACGCUCCCCCUUCAUACGAGCAAAGCUGCGAUGAGCCCGGCGUCAGCAACGGGAAUUAACCUUCGCCCUUCUGCGCUGGAGGAAGAGCACCUCUGAUCACUCCAUUGAUUUUACUCCCAAGGUCUCUACUGAAAUGAAUCCGGACCCUCCGAUGCUCUUUGUGCCUGUCGGACCCUUCCUACGUUACGGAUUUUUUAUAAUGGGAUGUGAGGGAUGGAAAUAGUGGAUUUCGAGCACCCGCGAUGCCUUAUAAGGUCUAGGAUUCCUUUCCGACAAGUGGCAAAUUCGGGCAUUACCCAAAGGGUUAACUGAUCAGCAACUUGCCAGGGGUUCAGUAACAAGCACACCGGGACUUUUUAAUCAAAUAAAAUAGGUUGAUUUUUAAAUACAGAAGAUUCUACAGAAUUUAGGUUUUAGCAAAUUCACUCACAGGAAAGUCUCUUGAAUUCAUGAAGUUUUGGCCCUUUAACUGUGUUUUUAAACUUCAACUCCCAGCAUUCCCCCAGAGCCACAAUGAGUUCAAAAACAGCUGGAAAGGUUUAGUUUGCCUCCUGUUAUCUGUAUAAAGGAUACGUAUUGUACCCGGCCUUUUGUAUUAAACUGCUAGCAACCU